UUCAAUUCCAAUGCAAGCAGCUUUGAUAGGACUCAACUUUCCAUUGCAAAGACGCUUUUUGUCAGGUGUCCUAACCACAACAAGUUCCGCCAAAAGAUGUUAUUCCGGUGAUACGGGGAAACCAUACGAUUGUACAUCUGCUGAACACAAGAAAGAACUGGAAGAAUGUUAUAAUCGAUUGGAUUUAUCUUUUGAAAAUACAAAAGAGGCAUUUAAGAGCAAAUCAAACACCGAGCUCGUGCGUGCUCUUGUCGUUCUUCGAUUAUGCGGAAUUCAAACUCUUGUCAAUCAAAAUCAAAUAAUUCUUAAUACAAUGCGUCGUGUUUUGGGAAAGAAUCUGUUCAAGAAAACACUGAAAAAUACAUUUUUCGGACAUUUUGUGGCUGGUGAAACUGAAGAAGAAGUACGUCAUGUUGUGGAGAAACUUCGAAAUUAUGGAGUCAAAUCGAUUUUGGAUUAUUCAGUUGAAGCAGAUAUUACGAGUCAAGAAGCAACUGAUAAGACGGUCAAAGGAACGUCUGUAGCGACGGUUAAGCCAGCGGCGAUGACACCAGUUGUGGAUGCAAAAACGCUCGAAACGACAAGGGAACGGUACACUGUACAUGAAGAGUUUGGAGAUCGGCGGCAGGGUGUUUCUAGUGCAAGAACAUAUUUCUACGAAGGAGAAGAGCAAUGUGACAAGAAUCGUGAUAUUUUCAAGGAUUCCAUAAACGCUGUUGCAUCGGCUACUAAAAACGAAGGAUUUGUUGCUGUAAAGAUUACAGCUCUCGGUAGACCUCAACUACUUUUGAAACUUUCUGAAGCUAUUGUACAGACUCAGAACUUUUUCAAAGCGUUGACCGGUGGAAUGAGUCUUCAGGAGGGAAGAUUGACGUCACAGGAGUUUUAUAAAAGACUUGGAGAACUUGGCGUCAAAACCGACACAGAAUCCGUCAAGAAAUUCUUCGACGAAGUCGAUUUUGAUUCGGAUGGAAUUGUUGAUUUACACGGAUGGAAUCACAUUUUGGAUGAUCACGUGAAACUGGGACAAUUGUUUCAAGUACUGAACAUCAAGACCGGAUCACUUGAGCCAUUGAUUCAGAAUUUGUCAAACGAAGAAGAACAAGAAUUCAGGAAUAUGGUACGAAGAACUCUUGACGUGGCAGAAUACGCUAUUGAGAAGGGAGUCAGAAUUAUGGUGGACGCCGAGCAGACUUACUUACAGCCAGCGAUCUCAAAGAUUACAAUUGAAAUGAUGAAAAAAUACAAUAAGGGACGUGGAAACAUCUUCAACACCUACCAAGCAUACUUGAAGGGAACCCUUCAAAAUAUGGAGGCUGAUAUGCAAGUUGCCAGACGUGAAGGAUGGCAUUUCGGUGCAAAACUUGUUCGUGGAGCAUACAUGGAGCAGGAGAGAGCACGAGCAAAAGCAAUUGGUUAUGAGGAUCCGAUUAAUGAUAAUUUUGAGGCCACCUCAAAAAUGUACGAGUCAUGUCUGACACGUAUCGCCGAUGAAGUACAUCGUCGUGGUAAGACCAAUGUGUCCGUAAUGGUGGCAAGUCACAAUGAGGAUACAGUAAGAUUCGCAUUGAAUUUGAUGAAGGAAAAGUGUAUUUCACCAUCGGAACGUGUUAUGUGCAUGGCACAGUUGUACGGAAUGUGUGAUCAGGUAUCAUUCUCCCUGGGUCAAGCCGGUUUCUCAGUCUACAAAUAUCUUCCAUAUGGACCAGUUGAAGAAGUUCUACCAUAUCUAAGUCGACGUGCACUUGAAAAUGGAAGUGUAUUGAAAAAAGCGAAUAAGGAACGUGAUCUCUUGUGGAAAGAGCUUAAACGACGAAUCUCAAGUGGUGAAUUUAAAGCCAGAAGUAGCAGUUCUUCUUAAUUUUAGAUAUUUUCUCUCUGAAACUGUUUUUUUUUGUUUUGAAUUGAAUCGGAUUAUGGUAGUUCUCAUUGUUUUGAAGUAAAAACUGCCGAAACGCUAGAUUAAUUUGGUACGUAGGACCUCAUUUGCUUUCUUUUUUUCUGUGUUUUCAUAUCAAAUAUUUAAUUUUUCACAGCGUUUUAUUCGAUUUUUUUUGUCAGGUGUUUGCCAAGCUAAUAAAAUAUUCAUUUUG